AUUGCAAUUUCCUCAAGGACUCUAUGGACUACUGACGAAGCGGUAGAGGAAGUGGCACAUCGCAAGUCAGUGUCCCGAUCAAACAACUUCAACUUGUGCUCAGGGUCAGGGCCCUGAGCGGAAUGACGCGAAUACCCACACCCAUGUGCACGUAAGGAUCAUGCCCAUAAAGCGCUUGAACAGUGCUCCGUGUCAAUACAGUCGACUUUCGUCAUGCUGAUACAACUCUCGGCUGUCUUUGCUGUCAUUUCCACCGCUUGGGCCUGUGCUGACGGCGAUGGGCACGUCCAUGAACAUCCUAGGAGAGCAAAUCCUUCGUCUCCACUAACCCCACCGACUCGACCAUUGGAAUGGGGCGAUAUCAAUAUCAUUCACACCACGGACAGUCAUGGAUGGCUUCUCGGUCACCAAAAGGCUUCGUUCCCAGAGCCUAACUACAGUGGUGACCUAGGUGACUUUGCGUCGUUCGUGUCACAUAUGAAGAAGAUAGCAGUCGAGAAAGAUGUGGACCUUCUGCUCGUGGACUCCGGGGACCUACACGAUGGCACCGGUUUAUCGGAUGGUUACCCUCCCGGCGGUGUCGAUGGUCAUGAAACUACUAAGUUUCUCGCCGAACUUCCUUACGAUGUCAUGGCCAUUGGAAACCACGAAUUAUACGUUUAUGCUGACACUCUUGACAUGCAUCUAAAUCUGGCACCGAAGCUGAACGGUCGAUAUCUUUCGUCCAAUGUCAACAUUACUUUGGCCGAUCAGAACAACAACACUGUCGAUGUACCUGUGGGUAGCCGAUUUGCCAAGUUCAAGACGCAGAAGGGUCGAACGGUUACUGCGCUUGGAGUUAUCUAUGACUUCACCGGAAAUGAUCAAAACACCACUGUCCAGAAGGUCGAAGAUAUGGUCAAAGAGUCAUGGUUCUUGGAAGCUAUCAAGGAUGAACCUGACUUUUUUCUGCUAGCCGGACACAUGCCCGUUUCUCGUGACAAUUGGCCUUUGGUUUUCAAUGCCGUACGCGCCGUUCAUGCAACAACGCCUAUUCUCAUUCUCGGCGGUCACACUCACAUCCGGGACUGCCUUCAACUUGACGGCCGAUCUAUGUCACUGGAAAGCGGGCGUUAUAUGGAGACUGUUGGUUGGAUGAGUACGUCACUUGACGGCACGAAUGGGUCCAACAAUCUUACUUUUAGCCGACGCUACUUAGAUACUAAUCGUGUCACUUAUGAGUAUCACACCCAAGAAAACCAGGCUUCUUUCGAUACAAAGAAAGGACAAGCAAUCACUGCGGGACUGCUUCAGCUCGCUGUUGACUUUGACUUAAACUUUACAUUCGGAAUAGCCCCACAUGACUUUACACUCACCCGGGCGCCAUAUCCCUCCAACGACUCACAAUUAUCCCUCUUUGCUGAAUUGGCUACACCGUAUGCGUUAUCUGUCAACAACAGUCGUGCCAACAACCCCAACUAUAUGCUCGUCAACUCCGGUUCGCAGCGCUUCGAUAUUUAUGCCGGAACGUUCACCAAGAAUGAUCAGCUUACUGCAUCUCCGUUCACGGACAUAUUCUUCUACAUACCUGAGGUUCCGCUUUCUGUGGCCCUGGAUACUCUGCAGAUAAUGAAUGAGAAUGGUUCAGAAAAUCGGAAGAGAAGCUUGGGGCGGGAGGAAGAGCUAUACAGACGAGGAGAUGUCCGAGCCAGGUAUAUGGACUGGCUAAGCGAAAUGGGGCAACGAUCCAUCGAUCUAGGAAGGCGCGAUACAAAUAAUUUGACGUUGGGAUAUGUUACUACUGAUUCCUGCCCGGGUGUUGGCGACGAUAUCAUUCACACACCACUUCCCUUUUACUCUAUACCUGACUUUAUCGCGUCCAUCCCACCGGACGUCUCGAACGACACACUUAUCGACUUCGUCUUCGUCGACUUCGUAGUGGAUCAGGUGGUGGAGACUUUGAAUAUUGUACAGUCGGACAAGGAAUAUGUGUCGGGUGACGUGGGGACAUAUAGUACGCUUGAGACAAGCGAAGUCCUAGGUAUAUACGCGCAGUUUGCGUGGAACUAG